AUGGCCACAUCACGACCCACGAGCUUGGCUCUUAUGCCUCUAGCCUCAGCCUCUCUGAAUCCAGCCUCGCCGCCGUCACUGAGAGACAUCCUCAGCGACGUUGCGCCGCCCCCAUUCACGCUGGGCGCCUUCACGGCUUUUCUAUCUCAAAACUUCUGUCUGGAGACACUCGAGUUCACAUUGGACGCUGAGCGCUACACGGCAGCAUACUUGAACUAUCUGAAGGAGCGGGCAGCCGGAUCUGGAGAUGGCAAAGAAAACGUGUGCGCUAUCUGGCGCAAGAUUAUCAGUGCCUACAUAUUACCACAGGGCCACCGAGAGGUCAACAUCCCGGCACACGUCCGAGACCGCCUGUUGUCAUUAGCCACCGCCCCAGUGCCGCCGGACCCGUCCGAGCUGGAUGAAGCCGUGAGGAUUGUCUACGAACUUCUGAACGACUCGGUAUUAGGCCCGUUUCUGGCAUCGGCAAGUGCUCAACAGGCUCAACAGUGCGAGCAGACUCGCUGUGAAGCGAACGAUUCAAGGCACGCCCGAUCACGGCUUCGAAUUCCCAGGGAGUCUUCAUCCGCCUCCGAGGACUCUACCCGAUCACCAAGGAGUGGACUCUUGCCGUUGCUCACUAUCCCCUGGACGAGCGAACCCAAGAGCGCUGCUUCGUCAUCCAGUGACGCAGCUGACCGGGGAGGACUCACAGACGACAGCACAAACACGCCGUCACCGACAGGAAAUGAGCCGAUGACCCCACCCACAACACCGCCGACCUCGGACUAUGGGUUCAGCAGCUCCCCCGGAGGCCUCCAGAAAGUGGUCGGCUCGCACAGCAGCGGCUGGAAGAAGAUGGGGGCGAGGCUCGGGUUUAAUAGAAUGAGCCGCAGCAAACGGGGCCACAGUGCCUCUGCCUCUAGUGUCACGUCCGUCCCCGCCAGUGUUGAUGUUCCCGGUUCCCCCCCUAAGACCGCCACGCCCGCAGCGCCUAAGCAGGCCGCCGAAAGCGAGAAGUCCCAGGCCGACAUUCAGAUGCACUGUAUUUCGGCCGAAUGGGAGGAGCCGCAUCCGGGUCAGCGUUGCUCAGUUGCCGUCUUGGGGAACGCACACCUGAGUGCUGCCAAUUGCAUCUACAGCUGUAACGGGAUCAGCAAGGUCGGCAUGGCCGCGAAAGCUUAUCACACACCAUAUUCCGCCCAAAGAUGGUCGGCAGGAGCCCGGCGUUUUGCCCCUCCUAGACUCCGGACGCCGCAAGUACGACGCCUGAAGACUGCCCAGGACGCAACCGCAGAGAGGACCUCGUUCCAAACAUCGCGCAGCAAUACCUCUUCCACGGUACCCAUGCUCGCCUGCUCCGGUAUGCAGACACCGGCGACGAGCCCCCUCUCGGGUUGCGUACCUGGCAACAACAGCACCAGUUUCAACAUUACUGGGGAUUCCCGCGACCCAGCCUCGUGCUCGUCCGGAGACUGUCCUUCGAUGACCUUGACAGACUUUUCCGGCUUUCUCAAGUCUGGCCUGAGCACCGUCACCACAACUAGCGCCAACGACGAUUCGCUCAUGUCGGUCGACGUCGAAUGUUCUCCUCAGCUGACGCCCGAUCCAGACCCGUAUGGCUGGGAGUCGGAGCUUGACAAACGGCUCUGUUCAGUCAUGCAGUACCGCCGCGCCGGUGGGACCAAGAGGACGCUGUUGCGGCGAGUGUUGAGCUUGGGACCCAAGGAGUGAUGGUCCAUCUCUUCCCGCCGCCAACGAUAUUUUCCUUCUUAGCUCUACCACACAUGGG